AUGGGGAUCCAAGAACUAUGUAAGAAAUUUCUUGACUAUGAUAAGAUUAUUAAUGGUGAAAAGGCCUCUACUACAUUGGAGGAAUUGAGCAAAAACCCAAAAUUCUAUGAACAUUGUCGUAACAGAAAUUGUGUAACAAAUAUGGAUAAAAUUGGUGCUUUGACCACGUAUUUAUUUUUGGGCAUCAAUGCACUUUAUAACAACGAAAAUGCAAAAUAUUUUUUGAUGUGGCUAAGUGAUAAAUUAUUUAAGAUGCACACAGAAAAAAACAAAACAAAAAAUCCAAUUACUUUAGAUAUGGCUUAUAGGAUGUAUUUAGAGAAAGAUCUGGGAAAUUUUAGAUAUUGGAGUCUUUUAAAUAAUGUAAAGGGCUUGAAAGAAGUUAAUCUUAAGCAUAUGGCAGAUUUUUAUAAGUUACUUAAUCACAUAUGUAAUACAAUUUUAGAUUAUAAAAAUAACGGUGCCGAAAGUGCAAGCCUUCUUCAGAAUUCUACUAAUUGUUCUAAUCAAUAUUUAUCCCUUUACAAUAGUGUUCCUAAUUGUAGUUCAUAUUAUCAUUUGUUGGAUAAUUUAAAAGGUACAUAUGAUAAAUUUAGAAACCCUGCUCUUAAGGAAAUUAAAAAAAAAAAUCCACAAUUAGCAGGGCAUCUUCAAACACUUACAACACCAGAUGGAGUAGAGAUGAUGUUGUCGGUAGAUUUUAAAACAUUUGAUUUUAGUGAUGAAAAAUGUAAACGAAAAACAAAAAAAAAACGUACCAAAUCAAAAGAAACGACCUCCACAUCAAUAUUAUCAUCACCACAAUCAUUCCCUGUAUCAUCUUCACAAGACAACGCUAAAUUACAAGAACCUCAAAAAUCAGGGAUAAGCCCUCAAAGUGGAACAAAGGGUUCAGACAAAGGACAAGGUGCUUCUAAAAGUGAGAAAACGGAUUCAGGAACUCAGAAAGGAAAUUCGAAUAGUGAAGGCGGUGAUAAAGGGGAUCCAGAUCGUGGAAAAGAAAAUGAAAAAGCCAAUAAAGGAGAUUCAGGAGAUAGAUCAUUUGGAGUACAAGGUGAUCAAGGAAAAUCAUAUGGAAAUCCAGGAGGUGGAAAAGAUAGUAGGGGAGGAGUUCCAGGUAGUGGGGCAAAUGGUGGGGCAAAGGGACCAAGGGAUCAAGAUGUAACGGAUCCAUCAGAAAAAUCCAAUGAGGGAUGGCUAGGAAAUUGGGUAACUAAUUUUAAUCCAAUGAGUUAUAUUCAUAAUGCUUCCAGUAUUUAUGAAACUCCAAAGGACAUUUUAACAAAUGUCACUAAUCAAGUCAACAAUGCAUAUAAAAGUGCUAUGAACAUUGCAAAAGAUACUUAUAAUAGUGCUGUAACUGCUGUAAAAACUACUUAUGACAACACUAUGACCACUGUAAAAGGUGCUUAUAGUGCAACUACUAAUUAUAUUAGUGGUGCUGUUAGUAGUAUAACUAACCAAUUAAGUUCAUUGGGUUCUUUUUCUCAAUUAGGCUAUGAUCAAUCUGAUUUAGGUGGUUCAGGGAAUAGUUUGCCAACAGACAAUAAUCCACCAACCACAACGAAAAUUCCAGAUCCAAUUUCAUCAUCACCACCAUCAUCGCCACCAUCACCAUCUAUACCACAAUCUCAGUCUCCAUCAGAUUCACAAACUCGAUCAGAUCCACCAUUACCAAAAUCACCUGAUUCACAGGGUAGCUCUACACAAAUUCACAAAUGUCCAGUUCAACAAAUUGCACCUACUGGUGGAAAUAUAGCAUCUCAAACACCACCGUCUGGUCAAGAUACAUUAUCAAUUUCUGGUAACAAUUUUUCAAAUACAAAAAACGAAAACGUAAUUACUGUAGCAAAUAUUAAAGUGAAAGAAGCUCCAUCAAUAUGGUGUAUAGGGCCGAAUACCAAAUGUGACAUAACGGAUAUUAGUAUUAUAAUUAUUUCAACAUUCAUUAUUUUAACAAUUAUGUAUAAGUAUCUAUCACUUGGCUGGACAAGCAAAUCGAAGAGAAAAAAAACCAUAAAAAAGGUUAUAAAUUCAAUUGGAGGAAAAAGACCGGUUCAAAUAAUUAUAAAAUCAUAUGAUAGGAACAAAGACCUAAAACCGGUUAUAAAUUCAAUUGGUAGAAAAAAAGAUCCAUUAUUAAAUAUAUACAAACUUAUGCAAGCUGAUCCUAUACCAUUUAUUAAUUUAUUUUUUUUGUUAAUUUUUUUUGUCUAUAAAAGAAAAUCCGAUUUUUUGGAAUUAUAA